GGGACUAAUAACGCUAGUUUAGUGUGAAUAGCAGAUAGUCAAGUCGGUAUAGUUCAGAAAAGUCAAAUUAGUUUGUCAUAACAGACUCUCCCGCCAUGUACAGAGUGGCAGUACUAUAUAGUUUAGCAUCUUUCUUUCAUUUCAUUACAUUCACAUUAUCUGUAAAUCUCUCUUUUGUGCAAUGAAAGGAAUUACUUUCGGAAAAUAACAUGGUAUCAGAACUCACUAACUCAUCAACGGCGAAUCUUUACGAAGCUCAUUUCAGCAGGAAACAAAUAAGGUUUUGUGAAUGGAACCCUUCGGUUCCUGCAAUGACCUCUGUUGAGUCAAAUGCCGGGAGAGAUGGAAAUAUGGAAUGACCUGAUCAUUUCUUGGUUCCUUUUUAACCUGGAAGAACACAUUGUCCAGGAAAAAAUUUCAUUAGGUUCCUUAUAUAAGUAUUUGAUAAAAAUAUAUGAUAGGAGUAUUACUUUGUCGUUUUGGGCACACACUUUUAUCAUAUGGAUAUGUUUGCUAUGCGUCCACCUAGAAAGUCAGAUGCUAGAGCUACUGCUGGCGUGUUUGUGGGCUCAAAAGGUUAUAAUGAAUUUCAACAAUAAUACUAUUGUAAUCUCUAGAGAUGUUCAUUUCUAUGAGACUCAAUUCCCUUACAAAAUUCUUUCUCACACACACCAAAGUGACCAAAUCCCAUCUCAGUUCCUUGCAUCAUUUUUACACCUUUUGUUCCUCGAACACAGAUUAUGAGGAUUCCUCCACUGUUUUUGUUGAUUCAUCUUCCAGCCGUACAAGUUUUCAUAAUGAUCAUGACUGUAGUACUUAUAGUAGAUUUAUCCACUCUGCCAACUAGACAAUCUACUGGAAAUAAGUAGGGCACAACCAUCAUACUCAUAGUUGGCUGAUGUUUUCACCAAGACACUUCCUGCCUUGAAUCAACAAGACCCAACUUGAGAGGGGUUAUUCGAAGUAAUGCCUGUAGUACAAGUGUUGGUAAUAACACUAGUCUAGUGUAAAUAGCAGAUAGUCAAGUAUAUAUAGUUUAGAAAAGUCAAACAGGGAAAGUCAAAUUUUUUUUUUUUGCUAACUGGGAAAGUCAAAUUAGUUUGUUAUAACAGACUUUUCCCCCAUUUACACAGUAGCAGUAGUAAAUAUUUAGCAUCCUCAUUUCAUUCUGUAACAUUCGCAUUAUCUGUAUCUCUCUCUCUCUUGCAAUGAAAGGAAUUACUUUCAGAAAAUACCAAUAAUGAACUGGUGGAAGAUUUUUGUAAGAGGGAAAUGCAUAUGAUUUCGGUGAAGUACUGCAGGUGAAUCGUGAAUUCAGAUAUCAUUAUUGGACAGUGCACGACCUAAACUUUUAGUUGCAGUCAGUUCAAGAUUUUUUUCCAUGAGAAGCCUUGUUUAAGGAGCAAUCUGACAUGGUGACCUGAUAUACAUACAUGAUUUUCAGAGUAUAAGUGAAACGUAAAUUCAGAUAUUAUUAUUGGACAGUGCAUGACCUAAACUUUUAGUUGCAGUCGGUUCAAGAUUUUUUCUUAUUUGAGAAGCCUUGUUUAAGGAGCAAUCUCACGGGGUGACCUGAUAUACAGUACAUGAUUUUCAGGGUAUAAGCCUUGGAUAGCAGGAAAGGUGAAAGAGCAAGCUAUAAGUCGGUACCAAGUGCACAAGACUCUCGCACGAGCAUUCGGGUAAAAGAAUGAUAGUACUAUUGCAUCAAAAUUUACAGAUCCCUUGUCAAAAUGCGAAUGGAGAUAAUGUUGUCAAUCCUUGUGGUCCUAAAUAUUGCCCAAAUCAUGAAUGCCCAAAAUUUCGACUUAGUUGUAGCACAAGAUGGAUCGGGAAGUUUUACUCAAAUCUCUGAAGCUGUUGCUGCUGCACCGAUUAAUAGUUUGCGGAAGUUCUACAUUAAAAUUAAUGCAGGCACGUAUAAUGAGCGUGUUCAAGUAGGAUAUGACAAGAAGAACCUUGCUUUUAUAGGAGAUGGUAUGGAUUCGACAAUUAUAACCUUCGGCAGGUCUACCGAAGCCGGUUAUAUCCUCACCGAUACUGCCACAGCAGAUAUAUUAGGGGACGGAUUCAUAGCAAUGGGUAUAACCUUUAUAAAUUCCGCUGGAUCAAGCAAUGAGCAAGCCGUGGCGUUGAGAAGCACUUCCCACUUUUCUGCGUUUUAUCAGUGUAGAUUUGAGGGGUUCCAGGACACACUUUUUGUUGGAAACGGCACUCAAUUUUACAGAAGUUGUGAAAUCUAUGGAAGCGUUGAUUUUAUAUUCGGUGAUGCUGCAGUAGUUUUCCAAAAUUGUGACAUAUAUGUUCGCGAGCCUCCUCCAGGUAAAGCUUGUUAUGUGACAGCACAAGCAAGAGAUAGCAAAAAGAAGAAUACAGGCACUGUAUUACACAACUGCACAAUCACAACGGAUAAUAACAAUAGGCCUGUCUUCGGAACAAAGGUCUACCUUGGCAGGCCAUGGAGAUCAUAUUCAACCGUGGUUGUAAUGCAAUCAUAUUUAGAUGAUAUAAUUGAUCCUCAGGGAUGGCUUCCAUGGGAAAAUACUGAUACUGGUCUUGAUACUCUAUAUUAUGGUGAAUAUCAGAAUCGAGGUCCAGGUGCUGUUACUAAUCAGAGGGUUACUUGGAAAGGAUUUAGAGUUAUGGAUUUCUCAGAUGCUAAGAAAUUUACUGUGAGGAAUUUUUUACAAGGAGAAGAAUGGUUACCCCUCAUAAACAUCCCAUUUUCACCAGACCUCAGUCAGUGGCGAUCCCAGGAUACAUCCAUCUAUUAUAGUUCAGAAGGAGCUCAAAUACACUGGAUUGGAUAUUUUUUAGCUGUAGUAAUCAUUAUUGUUGUUUACGGAUAAACAAAUUGAUAUCUGAACAAAGAUUCAUUGAUUCUAUCUUAUAACAUGUAGUUUCUUA